AUGUUGGAAAGGUUCCUUCAACUAGAAGAAUACAUUCCUGGGAUCACACGAAAGUGCAGAAAGACAAAGUUUACAAAUCUGCUAAGCCAGGAUCAAAUAGAAAUACUGAGUGAAGUCGUGGAGCUCAUGAAGCCGAUUGAAUUGGUCAUCAGAGAGAUUAGUGGAGGUGAAUAUCCUACAUGGAGUGUUAUAAUUCCGAUUAUUGUCUGUCUGAAAGCAACCCUCAAAGUCAUGAUACCUACCCGAGUGGAAGGAAUGCAUUUCCAGGCCAAAUUGCUUAGGAAAAUCACCGACAAAUUCGAAGGUGUUGAAAAUAAUAAAAUCCUAGCAAUUUCCACCAUCCUGAAUCCUAGAUUGAAAAAACUUCACUUCGAGUAUGCACGGACUGCAGCAAAUGCUAUCAGUUGUAUUGACAGUGAAAUGAAAUCGACUGGCGUGAGAGCAAUUCAAGAGAACACGAUAGUUCAACGAAAGCCUGAAGACUCCAAUAAAGUCAGUCUUUGGAAGACUCACGAUGAUUUUGCGUCAAAGUCAACUGACGAGAGUUCUGCUGACGAACAUCUCACCUAUGAAUUGAGGCAAUAUACGUUCAUCUACGUUUGGAUGUGA